AUGUUCCCGGACGAUGAUGACGUGGCUGAUGACAGGGACGGGCGAGAUCAGACGAGUAACACAGACGGUGGCGAAAAUCGUGCUCUUUUCGCGGAAGUGACACGGCGGGCGCUAGGGGCCGAAAACAGUCUAGGAGACGAAAAAGCGGCUGAAGGAGGGCGAAACGCAAUAUCAUUAGGAACGGAAAGCGCUUUUGCGGAGCGGAACGCACAGACAAGUCCAGACAGGUCGGAUAUACCGAUGCUACACAGAAACGAUGUUUCUUUUAGAGGAGCCGAAGCGCCUAGAGAGGCUAUUCAUGGUUCGCUGAGGCGGCGCGAGGGGCGAGCGACGCGGGGAGCAAGGAGGGCGCGGAGCCUUCCGCCGAACUGCAGCAGCCUGCUUGCGGAGGAGGAAGGGGACUCCGCGGAGUCCGCGCGGGCGGCGGAAAUCAUCGCCGCAGGGGGAUUGGCGCGAAGGGGGGAAGGCGGAGGAGCAGCCAGCGGGAUCAGUCCGCGCACUUGCCGGUCGCAGAGUCCGCGUGGGAGGCGGAAAGGUGGAAGGUCUGGCGGCGGCUAUGCGACGAAUUUCGGCGACGAAAACGACUCCUCUGCGACUGUGGGACGAAGCUGGUGGACGACCGAUGGCGCCCCCGCGGCGGAUGCGGCGUCAAUCACGGCGAGCGACGCGGACAGCGGCGUGUCUUCCGUGCGUCUUCGCAAUCAACACGACGGCGCGAGAUCUCCGUGGGAAGGUGGCGCGGGGCGUGCGCUAGUGGACGUGGAACGUCGGCAAUCGCGGAGUUUGGACGGCAGCGGACGGCUGCGCGAUGCGGCGGCCGGCAGGACGGCAGGCGGAGACGGCAACUCCGGUUGGUCGGCAGCAUUUGCGAGACGGCCGCCGGCGGCUGUAGCUACUGUAGAAUCCGAAGCGGCGCUUCAGGAGAGAGCGGCGGCGACGAGAGCGGAGAAGGGCGCAACUGGCGGGGCCGGCGCAAUUGCGCGGGAGGGCGCAAGCGCGGGGAACGUCGCAAGUGCGGGGAACGGCGCAAGUGCGAUAACAAGAGAUGCGGGCGCGGACGUGUCGGGUGACGUGGCAGCAAGUGUGCAAGCGGAGCGAGCUGAAGAGGAAGGGCGGACAGAGCAGGCGGGCAACGCGGAAUGCGGCGAGGGAGGGGAAGGCGGUGGCGGAGAGCACGCAGCGGAGCCCCGCUGGAGAGAUGUCAGACAGGGAAUAGGGGGGUGCGGAAAGGUGUUAGGCGCAAGGGGGCUUGAGGGGAACACUUUGUGUGGCGGAGGAUCGAGGGCGCCGAGAGAUUGGGAGGCGAGCGAGACAUGCAGUAUGGUGGAACUUUGGAACCCGUUUUAUAACGACGAUGUUAUUAGCAUCAAAUGCAGCAGCAGCAGCAGCAGUGGCAGUGAUUCGGGUGCGGGUAGUGGUGACGAUAAUGAGAGGAAGGGGAGGGGCAAGAGGGAGAAGAGGGGUAAGAGAGGGAAGAGGGGAAGGAAGGCACGCAGUGGUAAUGCUGCUGCUGCUACUGGUGAUGGUGCUGUUGCUGCAGCAGCUGCUGAGCAGCCUGAAGCCCAACCGCAUGCGGCAUCACAGGACUACUUCCCAUUCGACGGGUUCUUCCAACCCCGAUUCGACCAGCUCUCCUCCACCGACUCGUCCUGCUCCCCUGACCUCGUGUUCUCCUUCCAUCCCCCCCACCCCACCGCACACUCCCUCCCCUGCUCACCCAUCGAUCCCUCCUCUCUCCUGGACUGCACGCCGUCCCUCGGUGCUCCUCCGCCCUUCCUCACUCUCUCGUCGGAGGAAAGAGGGAGUGGUGGUGAGGGUGAGGGGAUAACAGGGGGCCUGUCCGCUAUAGAGGAGGGUACGGAGGGCUCUGAGGCGGGUGCAGCUGCAUCUGGUGUUACAGUUGCUGCGGAUACUGGUAACUCUGCUGUAACUCGCAGCACCCUUGCUGCUGCUGCUGCUGCACGGGAAGAUGAAGGCGCUGCUGCUGCUGCUGCUGCCGGAAGCGGCAGCGACAGUGACUCGUUUUUUAGCGACCCGUUUCACCGAGGAGUGAGGCUGGACGAUGUGCUCCGGCAAUGGGACCUGAGCGCGGCUAUUCAUGACGACGCGCAGAGUAAUGAAAAUGAACCAAGUAAGGUUGCAGCCAUGUGCACAGGCACAGCUACUGGAACCAAUCAAGACGAGCCCGUUGGGUCCGGUAUGACUGUUGCCAAGAGCGGCCCUUCCACUGACUCUCCUGCUCGCCUCCCCAAGCCCUCCCCUUCGCCGGCUAUCAAUACCAAGACAAACAACCCCAGCAACAUGCCGCCUGCUGCCACGAUCGCUACCACCAGCACCGGCACUACCACUGCCACCACCACUGCCGCCACCACCACCACCACUAGCAUCAACCCGCGCCGUCGCCUCACCUCAACUGUGAUCCGGGGAGCCAAUCAUAAGCACUCCCACUCCCAACCGCCUUACUCCUCCUCUCCCUCCUCCACUGUUAUCGACUCCUCCCUGUCACCCGCUGCCACCCCUCCCCGGACCAUCCUCGGCCGAUCCGCAUCACUGGGCUCGGCCGGAGGUUCGGCGCGGCUGGGAAGUGCGACCAGGAAAGGUGGGGAAGGCAUGCGUCAGAUUGAAAAUAGAGGCAGCGUGCUACAAGAUGUGCAGGAGCAGCAGCAACUGCAGCCGCAGCAGGAGAAGCAGCAGAUCCAGAAGGAGCAGAAGGACGGACGGCAGGAAAGGCUAGCGGACGUGGAGAUAGUCAAGCCUGCUGCCAAGAACAUGCAGAAGAAGACAGAAAAGGAGCUGCCUAGGAAACGCCGCCGGAAUGGGGAGCGAGAAGAAGAGGAAAAGGUGAAGGGCGCGAGGAGGCGCAGGAAGGAGUUUAUGCGCCCCCUGGGAGUGAAGAGGAAGGGUGUGAGGGUGGUGGUAGGGCCCCGACGGCUGGAGCUGCUCAAGAAAUGGCUAUUGGAUGUUAUUGCAGAUGCACAGGGGAAAACUGCAGUGGUGCUGGGAGGAGCUAUGGGGCACUACAAAACCGCGGAUGACAUCAAGGAGGAAAGCUCUAUUUAUGACAUGAUCGAUGUGGACAAACAAGGCCGACCACUUAUCACAGUCGUGCUGCCGGAUCAAGGCCCGGUCAGCAACUCCAAAGCAUACGCAUCCUUCAUCCACAGCAGCCUGUGUGAAAAGUUCGACCACUUGCAGCAACCAAUCAUCGGAUCAGAUUCAGUUGGUCUACCAGAUCCGCCGGUUUCAAGCUCCGCAGUGAACCAGUCGUCAGAUAGUACCCCUGCUGGAGCAAUGCAACAUGUCAAUCGACCGAAGAAUCUGGAUGAUCCGCGCACCCAGCUUCUGGAGACAUCUGACAGUUUGUAUUGCUCUACCUUCGGUGUGUCGCUCGAAGAAAUCAGCACCACCAUUCACGACUCAAGUCAUGAUGAUGUAAGCUCAUCAGCAGCAGACAGCAUACCGCAUAGCACCACAUCUGAUACCACGCAGAGGCAUCAUCAUCAUCAUCAGCAUGACGUCACCAGUCAAGGCCUGCUGGUUCUGGCGGCGCCAAAUCCCCUCCUGCCUGCCGUGCUGCGCUGGCUGCAGCAGCAGGGGUGGGUGCAGUGGGUCGCCCCUCGGCCCCGCUCUCGCCUGCACAACCGGUGGGCCUCUGCUGUCACUCAAAGCGGCUCUUCUGUUAGCCUAGACGAUGACCCAGGGUUUAGAUCCCCAGGGUCAGGCAGCGGAGGAGAUGGUAGUGAGCAGCAGAGGAGUGAGUUUGGGGUGGCACGGCUCCUUUGGAGUGCUGGAAUCACGGGGGCCGGGCAGAUCGUGGGAAUUGGUGACAGCGGCAUUGACAUGCAGAGCUGCUUCUUCCGGGACGAUGCCGUCCCUCUGCCAGGCCCGGAUCACCGCAAGGUGGUGCAGUACCGGGUGGUGAACGGCGACACAGUGGACGAGCUGGGGCACGGCACCCACGUGGCCGGCUCCGUGGCAGGGGCCUGCUCGCAGAAACAGCAAGCACAGCAACCGCAGCAGGGGCAGCAGGGGGCGAAGGGGCCAGAGAACGUGGAUCUGUACCCUGGCAUGGCGCCUGAUGCACGCAUUGCCUUCACUGACAUGGGCGAGGGCGAUGUGGGUUACAUCAUGCCGCCUGGUGACCUGGGCAGUGGGUACUAUGGGCAGGCAAUGAAGGCGGGGGCGUUGAUCCACUCGGACUCGUGGGCGUCAGGAGUGUUUGCAUAUGACUACAUGGCGCAGUCAGUCGACCGCUUCACCUUCAACAACCCUAACUUCCUCCCAGUAGUCGCGGCAGGCAACAUGGGCGCUGUGCACCGAGACGCAGUCUCCAUCUCAUCGCCUGCUCUCGCCAAGAACUGUCUCACAGUAGGCGCAACCCUCGGCAGUGUCGGCUCCGCCCCGCCCCUCCUCGCCACGCCCUUCAACCUCUCCCUCCUCGCGCCCUCCCCCUCCCUCCUCCCCUCCGACCGCGCCUGGUACCCUCUCCUCUCACACGCCUUUGGCGCCACCUUCCAGUCGGGCCUAUGGGAGGUGGGGGUGCCAUGGGGGCUGGUGAGGGGCGAGCCAAGGGAUGGGUGCAGAGCAGUGCGGGGCGGUAGUGGGAGCGCGGGAGGGAGUGUGGCUGGGUUGAUUGUGCUGCUUGAUGCGGGAAACUGCCUCUUUGCGGAUAAGUUCAGGAACGCGCAGGCAGCAGGUGCAGCAGCAGCAGUGAUUGUGGCUAAUGACACGCUCGGCUACUUCCCCAUGGCUGCUCCCUUUGGCGCUGACCCCAGCAUCACCAUCCCAGGUGGUUCUGUGCCACAAGCUGUGGGCGCCAUUAUAGAUGCGGCUCUCAGGAGGGGCCAGCCUGUGCAGGUGUCCAUCUCGCCCCUGGCAGUGUCGCUCGCCUUCCGCCCCGAUAGCAUGGCGCGCUUCUCCUCAUGGGGUCCCACGCCUGAUGGCCGCAUUAAGCCUGACAUCUCUGCUCCAGGGGAGGGCAUAUGGUCAGCAAAGAGCAACCGCAACCUUCGCCAGCCAUCGUGCUCUGUUACACAGAUGUCAGGCACCUCAAUGGCCACGCCCAUCACUGCUGGCUCGGCUGCUCUGCUCAGGCAAUACUUCAUGGACGGCUUCUACCCCACUGGCCAAAGGGUUCCAGCCAAUGGAUUCGUGCCAAGUGGCAUGCUGCUCAAGGCUACGUUGAUAAAUGGCGCCAUGCCUCUCACCAUUGCAAAUGGUGACCGUUACCCUAUAGACGCACCACCCUCCAUGAACCAGGGCUUUGGCCGUGUGCACCUGGGCAAUGCUGUGCCUAUAGCGGGUACAGCAACCUUCACUACAGUGGCAAUCGAGGGACCUGCUCUGAAGACCGGUAACGGCUACCGCGUUUGCUUGCUGGUUGAUCCUGGGAGGAGUGAUGGUGGAACAGGGAGCGAGGAUGUCAAGAUCACACUCACCUGGUACGACGCACCGGCAGCACUGGUGGCGAAUCAGAACGCGGCGACACCGCUGCUGGUGAACAACCUGGACCUCUCAGUCACCUCCCCCACCGGUCACACCUUCUUCGGGAAUGGGGGGCUGGCGCCUGACGCCCGUAACACUGUGGAGCAGGUGCACAUCACAGCACCGCAACUUGGAGUGUACACGGUGGACGUGAGGGCAGUGCAGGUCAACAUGCCCAUGCCAGGCACGGCACCUGACAGCCUUCCAGACACCGCUUCAGACUCCUCACCAGACAACCCCUCAGGCAGCCCCACAAGCAGGGCACGGCACCCGUUUCCCGCUCUCCAAUCCCUUCUUUCUCAACUCUCAUUCCCCUGCCUAUCUUUCCCUUUUUCGCUCCCUUCCCCGCACCCCCGCCUCCCCCCCAAUCCAGAUGUGCAAGCGGACCCCCCGCCCCCGCCCCUAUCUAGCAACCCCUUCCUCUCCAUUCCGCUCCUCUUCCCCGCCAGCUCCGCCACCACUGUCCUCUGCGGUCUCACUCGGGUCACCACCAUUACCAGCAGCAGUGGCGGCAGCAGCAGCGGCGACGGCAGCAGCAGCAGCGGCGGCGGCAGCAGCAGCAACGCUAUGGCAUCAGCAGCAGUUACCAGCACGGACAGGCAGAUUGAUGUUGAUCCAUCUGGGGGGUCUGCAGUGGUGGAGGAUGAAUGGGUUGGCGGAUGGGGGUUUCAGGAUGCAGAGGCACCGAGUGAAGAAGCAGAGGGUGGGGCGUUGGGCAGUGUGGGAAGAGGAGAAGGAGUGGCAGACGAAUGGGCAGAGCAAGGGGCAGACGCAGGGUCGGCAGGGGAAGCAGGAGAAGCAGGAGAGGAAGGAGGAGCAGGGGUAGCAGCAUUGGGAGGCACAGGGGAAGAAGAGAGCCGUGUGGUGGUGCUGCCAUGGGGGCCGUGCACCUCCCCUGUCACCUUCCCAUCCCUCGAUAGCGGCACCUACGUCUUCUCAGCUCAGCUCCUAGACACCUCCUACACUAACACCCUCAUCAGCCCUCUUUACAGGACCACCUUUGCUAUCGAUCUUGAUGCACCCACCACCACACUUUCCUCUGCUUAUACCCCUGCUACUACCACAACCGCUUCUUUCACCUUCACCUCUCCUUCUGCUGACGUCAGCCACUUCCAAUGCCAGCUCAGCGCCUCGUCGCUCUCGCCUCCCCCCGCCGACCCCAUCACCCCGCAGCCAAUCACGUUCCGCCAAACAACCAGCAUCCCCACCCGCCUGCUCGAGUGGCUGUUUCCCCCCUCUGUAGUCACACAGAGCGAGCAACUUCCUGCCACAAGCCCAGGAGGACAAACCCCUCGUUUAGAUCUCGCACAGGGGACCACCACUAGGGAUAACUGGAUUAACUGCACCAGCCCUGUGACUUACUCUGGCUUCUAUGACGGUCGCUAUGCCUUCUCUGUGAGGGCUGUGGAUCAGGCUGGGAAUGCAGAUCCCGCCCCCCCUAUAGUCACAUGGGCGCUCGAUACUCUCCUGCCGAAAGCAGUGAUUCUAGAAGCGCCGGCGGUGUAUUCGAACCUAGGGAGCGUUCGGUUCGCCUUUGGGCUUGAUGGGGAGGUGGGCUCUGGGCAGGCAGCGGCCUCACAGAUGGGUUUUGAGGCGCUAGAGGCAUUGCUAGUGGUGGAUCCGAACCAGGAAGCAUGGAACCGACACGGCCUCAACAACGCGUCAGCCAGAGCAGCUUUCACCAUCGACAGCACUCGUCCACGUGCGCUGCUGCUCUCCCAACCCCCUAGCAUCCUCAGUCAGCCCCAACCUGUCUUCUCCUUCUUCGCCCCCAAAAUGGUUACCUUCAGCUGCCGACUCACCGCCUCUCCUCCCAUCCCACCCGCUAACCCCUUCCUGUCAUCUCCUUCUGUCACCUCCUCGCUCUCUCCUGCCUCCUUUCCCUCUUCUUCCUCCUCUUCCUCUUCUUCUUCCCCUUCCUCGUCUUCCUCCUCCUCUUCCUCCUCCCCUUCCUCUCCUCCCCUCUCCUCCACCAUUCCCCUCUCGCCAUGUGUCAGCCCCGUGCGCUACAACCUGCCAGAUGGCACGUACACGUGGCAGCUGUCUGCCAUUGAUUGGGCGGGGAACGAAGCAGAACCAUACAUAUUGAUGGUUGCGGCGAGAGACAGAGGCGGUAUUGUCAGCACCAGACCUGCUAUGAGCAGUUUCACUGUGGAGGCACCUGUGGUGGUGACAGGUCUCCAGGAAGAAGGAGGAGAAGGAAGCAGCGAAGUCGAUUCUCCUGAUACCGGCACCGAUGGUGGUAGAACCGUCUCACAGACUGCUGCUGCUGCUGCUGCUGCUGCUGCUGCUGAUGAUGAUGAUGAUGAUGAUGAUGAUGAUGAUGAUGAUGAUGAUGCUCGUGGUGUGUCAUUCGUCGCACCCCUUCCACCCGCAUACAGCAGCAACAGCUCUGCCACGGUCCACUUCAUCACUGUACACAGUAACGGAACGUCCUCAAACGAGGACACACUGAAUCAGCAGCCAACAGCUCCUUGUGAAUGUGUCCUGCUUUCCACGCCCCUCCUCUCCUCCGCCACUUAUAAUCAGUCCAUGCCCUCCCAGUCUCCUCCCCCACCACCCCUCCUCGCAUGGCCCUGCAGCAGUCCCAUCGUGCUGCCCUCUCUCCCUGACGGCCGAAACCAGCUCUGGGUGCGGCUGGUGGGGGAGCAACGCAGUGGAGGGACGUGGGCAGCGUUCUCCUGGACCGUUGACACCACCCCACCCUCCACGUCCAUCUCGUGGGCCAAUGGCAGCGUGCCAGGUGUCGUCUCCUCACUGAGCCCCACAAUGCAGCCCCCAUCUCAACUCACAAUAGACAUCACCCUCGCCUCACUCCUCCCGUCCCUGUCAUUCCCCACUCAAUCGCCUCUUUUGAAUCCCCCUCUCGGUGCAUCUCUCUGUGCUGCUCUCCCGGAUGGUGUCUAUGCGCUCAGCGUUCGGGCAGUGGAUGCAGCAGGGAAUGCAGACCCAAACCCGCCCUCGGUGCAGUUUGUUGUUAGUGCGUGGGCGAUAUCCCUGGCUGGGGUGGAAAGCAGAGAGGAGGGAGGGGGUGAAGGGGGGAGUGAGGGAGUGGAGAGUGGUGUUAAUGGUCAUCCUGGCAGUGGCGGCAGUGCAGUUCAUCCUGAUACCACUGCAGGCACAUACACUCCGUCCCGCCCUCUCUCAGCCUCUUUUCCCACUGUUGCCAUUGCAUGUGACGGCCGCUGCGCUGCCAUGCUGCCGGCCCCAUUUGCCUGGGAGCAUGCUCAACAAGGCAGAAGCCUGACCACCGGCAUGACCCAGUCCAGCUCACCAUCAGCAGCACCAUCCCCAUCCCCGUUCCCAUCCCAAUCCCCAUCACCAUCCCCAUCACACUUCCCGUCGUCCCUCCCUUCACCGCCACCUGCGUCCACCACUCUAGAGUCCCUUAUGGCGCCCAGUGCUGCCAGCAGUGGUAGCCUCAAGGUGCUGGUGGCUAGGGGAGGAGAGGUGAGGAGCGGAGAAGCAGAAGAGGUCACUGGAGAAGAAUGGAGGAGGGGGCAAGAAGGCGUGAGGGGAGAAGAGCUGAAAGGACAAUCCGUGGAUGGAGGUGUAGCAGCGGCGCCGAGUCCAGCAGCAGCAGUGGAAGGCACGCCUCUGGUCUUCAACGUGCUCUCUGACGUCGUAUCCUUCACCUUCCCUCCUGCUCCACCUCCUCAGCCCGAAUCUCACCCUCCUGCUGCGGGCACGAGAGUGGGGCCUGCGUCCCUGUCCGCCCCCCGGUCCCGUCUUGCCCUUGCAUCGCCUCUGCUUAUGAUCGGAUUCACCCUCCCAGACCCCUGUGACCCUAGCAACGACAACACUCCAUGUGCUGAUAUGCAAGCGCAGAAGGCUGAACCUGAAUCAACAGUGACCCUUCAGGCAGGAGCUCUAGCACCCACGGCAGCCCCAGUAGCAGCAGCAACACCCAUUCCACCAGCAGCAUCAGCAGCAGCAGCAGCAGCAGUAGUGGUUGUGCAGGGCUUGUCGCUGCAGGAGGUUCUUUCCUCUGCCAUCAAUGCAUCCCUCCCUGCAUCUCCUGCCAUCACCAUACUCUUCCACCCUCACACCACGCCCACACUGCCACCACCUCCAUCACCAUCAGCACCACCACCACCACCACCAUCACCACCGUCAUCACCAUCCUCAUCCCUCCAGCCACAUGGCAACCCCCCAGUGGACGGCUGGCAGCUGCUGGACGCGCGUCUGCUGUGGCAGCAGCAGCACCCCAGCGUUGCCACCUUCUCUGCCCCGCGCCCUGGACUCUACGCGGUGGCUGUGCAAGAAACCAGCAAUCAAGACCCAUCAACCACCCUCAGCAGCGCCCCUCCAGCCACAGAAGCGAGCUCUCCCGCUGCUUCGAACAAGGCGUGGGUGAUAGCGCUAGCAGUCUCACUCGGCGUCGGUGCUCUCGUGGUUGCGGUGGGGUUGGCGGUGGUUUUUGUUCGGGUUAGAGGCCAUGCCAAGGUUUCACCGCACCUGCGCAAGUGA